AUGCGCAAGUGGAUGUUGGAUGAGGAGUCGGCUGGUGACAGCAGCGACAACGAGUACUACGAGAUCUUGGAGCUGUACCACGAGCGCAAGGCCUACGUGACCAACCGCCACACCCGCCGCUGCACCGUGUACCGCAUCGAGCAUCCCUUCUACCAUCAUGACAUCUCCCCCAACGCCACUUUCACUGGCUACGAGACCUUGGGCUCUUACCCCGACCAACUGACCCUCACCCAGUGGUUCGACCCCCGCUACUCGUUUGAGUACGCCCCAGCCGUCCGCUACCAAACCUUUACCCACGAUUGCGUCCCCGUUCGCGAUGACAAGAUGGGCGACUCUUUCGGUUUUGUGUAUGAGGAGUUUGCCGAUGUUACCAUUGGCCGAACACAAGUAGUGAGACAGCCAGGCGUCAAGAAGAUCCAGCGUGAUCGCUACAAAGAUGAGGGCCUGGUUCAGCAGAUCAUGGAUGCUGAUCUGGCUUGGCGCCAGACCGCUUUCAAGCGUGACCUUUACAGCAAGGUUAAAAAUGCUACAGCCAAGACCGUGGGCGCCAAAAUGAAGGCCAAGGAGGCUGUCGGCGAUUCAGACGCCCUGCCGGCCAACAUCACGACCGCUCUGAUGGACGACCCCAAGGCUCUGACCGCCGAAGUUUUGGGAGGCCUCACCGUGACGCAGCUGCGCAAGCUCUCGGGAUUCAUCGAUGAGGCACGCAAGACUGUUGAACAGCAAGCGGCGGAGCUUGAGGCUCAGCGUGAUGAGCUCUUGCGUUCCGUCGGCAACGUGCUGCACCCUUCGGUCCCCAUCUCCGACAACGAGGACAACAACCUUAUCCUCCGCACCGUCGGUGAUGCGGCUGUGAACCAGACCCGCAAGGAGUAUUCUCACGUCGACCUCAUUACCAUGAUUGAUGGCGUCGACACUCAGCGUGGCACCGUCGCCGCCGGCUCACGCUGCUACUACCUGAAGGGUGCUGCCGUGGCUUUGGAACAGGCCCUGUGCGCUUUCAGCGUUCAGUUCCUCAUGGACCGUGGCUUCACUGCUCUCUCACCACCUCUCUUCAUGCGCAAGGAGGUCAUGCAGGAGGUGCGGACCUUGGAGUUUUGUUUGGUCGCAACCCGUGUAAUGUGUCACACUGACAGGUUUCGCAUGUUUCUGAGGACACAGGUGGCGCAGCUCAGCCAGUUUAACGAGGAGCUGUACAAGGUCACGGGCAAGGCUUCAGAGCGCGCCGAGGAUGCCGAGGUCGAAGAAAAAUAUCUCAUCGCGACUGCUGAGCAGCCCAUUGCUGCCUUCCACCGCAACGAGUGGAUCAACCCAGAGGAGCUGCCGCUGCGCUAUGUUGGUGUGUCCGAGUGCUUUCGCCAGGAAGUCGGCUCACACGGCCGUGACACGCUGGGCAUCUUCCGCGUGCAUCAGUUCAAGAAGAUUGAGCAGUUUGUGAUCUGCAGCCCCCAUGACGACAUCUCUUGGAAGCUGAUGGAUGAGAUGCUGGCCAACGCCGAAGACUUUCUCAAGGCUAUUGGUCUGCCCUACCAGGUCGUCAGCAUCGUGUCCGGUGCCCUUAACCUGGCCGCGGCCAAGAAGAACGAUGUCGAGGCCUGGUUCCCCGGCUCGGGAGCAUUCCGUGAGCUCGUCUCUUGCUCCAACUGCACUGACUACCAGGCGCGCCGCCUCAAGAUCCGGUAUGGCCAGACCAAGAAGCUGAACGCUCGCACUGAUUACGUGCACAUGCUCAACAGCACGUUGUGCGCCACAACGCGCAACGUGUGCUGCAUCCUGGAAAACUUCCAGGUCGGCAACUUUUCCAACGGCGGUGGCGUCGUUGUGCCUGAAGUGCUGCGCCCCUACAUGCCCUCUCAGUACCGCGAGUUCAUUCCCUUUGUCAAGCCCGCACCCAUCGACGUGGAACGCGCUGCGGCUGAGGCCAAGGGUUCACUGCGAACGGUGGUCACCGGCAGUGCGAGUAACGUAUCGGGUGGCUCAGGCUACGCCGAUCACUCGGCUGGACUCAGCAUUGACCCGGCCAUCAAGGGUUAUCGCGUUCCUCUGGUUCGGGGUACAGAAGCAAACCUGCAAGGCUACGCCACCAUGUUCCCCGCCUCAAAAGAAGAUUUUGACGCAGCCAAAGUGGACAUUGCACAAUGGCCGCAGCUGCCGGGUCGACGCCCCAUCUGUGAAUCCAGCGGCCGCGCCGGAGGUGUUCGCGAGGGCCUCUUCACGUUUGCUUGGCACGACCGGGAGCUUCUUGCGAUCAACGAAGCGGUGGGCGGCAACUACACGACCGGUGUCAUCCCCACGUGUCUAUCUGCAACACCUCGCACCGAGUGCGUGACGCGCGAGGCCAACUAUCACCCCGACGGUGGUCAAAUUGUUUGCCCCCGGGAUGGGCAGGCUUACGUGGCGCUGCUAGCUCUUCCCAAGGACAAUGUGCGACCGGAAGACUUUGUGGCUUUUUAUUGCGAUGGCACCUUUGGCAUCCACAUCAACACGGAUGUUUGGCAUCAACCAGUGUACCCCAUUGGAGAAGAGGCCGUCUUUUAUGGCAAGCAGGGAGCUGUCCAUGCCUGUGCAGCUUAUGACAGCGUUGACGAACAUGAUACGUGGCUGCGUGUGCCUUUGGAGGCGCAGGACUGUCUCGAGGAAAUGCCGGCCCAUCUUCGGCCCUGA